AUGCAGCUGAGCCGCGCCGCCGCCGCCGCCGCCGCCGCGCCCGCGGAGCCCUCGGAGCCGCUGUCCCCCGCGCCGGCCCCGGCCCCCCCCGGCCCCCUCCCGCGCAGCGCGGCCGCAGGGGCUCCGGCGGGGGGGCCGGGGCGCCGCGCGGAGUCCCCGGGUGCCCGGCAACCGGCCGCGAGCUGCCUGGGCCCCGGCGCCGGCACGGGGAUGGACGGCCCCGGGGCCGGCGCCGCCGUGGUUGUGCGCGUCGGCAUCCCGGACCUGCAGCAGACGAAGUGCCUGCGACUGGACCCUACCGCGCCGGUGUGGGCCGCCAAGCAGCGCGUGCUCUGCGCCCUCAGCCACAGCCUCCAGGAUGCGCUCAACUACGGGCUCUUCCAGCCGCCCUCGCGCGGCCGCGCCGGCAAGUUCCUGGACGAGGAGCGGCUGCUGCAGGACUACCCGCCCAACCUGGACACGCCCCUGCCCUACCUGGAGUUUCGAUACAAAAGGAGAGUUUAUGCCCAGAACCUCAUUGAUGACAAGCAGUUCGCAAAGCUGCACACUAAGGCAAACCUAAAGAAGUUCAUGGACUAUGUCCAGCUGCACAGUACGGACAAAGUGGCCCGCCUGCUGGACAAGGGGCUGGACCCUAAUUUUCAUGACCCUGAUUCAGGAGAGUGCCCUCUGAGCCUUGCGGCGCAGCUGGACAAUGCCACUGACUUGCUGAAGGUUCUACGCAAUGGUGGUGCUCACCUAGACUUCCGCACCCGGGAUGGGCUAACUGCAGUCCACUGUGCCACCCGCCAGCGAAAUGCGGGAGCGUUGACGACCCUGCUGGACCUGGGCGCUUCGCCUGACUACAAAGACAGCCGUGGCCUGACACCCUUGUACCACAGCGCCCUAGGGGGUGGGGAUGCCCUCUGCUGUGAGCUUCUUCUCCAUGACCAUGCACAAUUGGGGACCACUGAUGAGAAUGGUUGGCAGGAGAUACACCAGGCCUGCCGCUUUGGCCAUGUGCAGCACCUGGAGCACCUGCUGUUCUAUGGCGCCAACAUGGGUGCCCAGAAUGCCUCAGGGAACACAGCCCUGCAUAUCUGUGCUCUCUACAACCAGGAAAGCUGUGCUCGUGUCCUGCUUUUCCGUGGAGCCAAUAAGGAUGUCCGCAAUUACAACAGCCAGACAGCCUUCCAGGUGGCCAUCAUUGCAGGGAACUUCGAGCUUGCAGAGGUCAUCAAAACCCACAAAGACUCAGAUGUUGUACCAUUCAGGGAAACCCCCAGCUAUGCAAAGCGGCGACGACUGGCUGGCCCCAGUGGCUUGGCAUCCCCGCGGCCCCUGCAGCGCUCAGCCAGUGACAUCAACCUGAAGGGUGAGGCACAGCCAGCAGCCUCUCCGGGGCCCUCCCUCCGAAGCCUUCCCCACCAGCUGCUGCUCCAGCGGCUGCAGGAGGAAAAAGAUCGCGACCGGGAUGGUGAACAGGAGAAUGACAUCAGUGGCCCCUCAGCAGGCAGGGGCAGCCUGAGCAAAAUCAGCCCGAGCGGGCCCGGCGGCCCGGGCCCCGCGCCCGGCCCCGGCUCGGCGCCCCCCGCAUCCCCCGCGCCGCCGCCCCGGGGCCCGAAGCGGAAACUUUACAGCGCAGUCCCCGGCCGCAAGUUCAUCGCUGUGAAGGCGCACAGCCCGCAGGGCGAGGGCGAGAUCCCGCUGCACCGAGGCGAGGCCGUGAAGGUGCUCAGCAUCGGGGAGGGCGGAUUCUGGGAGGGGACCGUGAAAGGCCGUACAGGCUGGUUCCCAGCUGACUGUGUGGAGGAGGUGCAGAUGCGACAGUAUGACGCCAGGCCUGAAACCCGGGAGGACCGUACGAAGCGGCUUUUCCGACACUACACAGUUGGUUCCUAUGACAGCCUCACUUCACACAGUGAUUAUGUCAUUGAUGACAAGGUGGCCAUCCUGCAGAAACGGGACCAUGAGGGCUUUGGCUUUGUGCUCCGGGGAGCCAAAGCAGAGACCCCUAUCGAGGAGUUCACGCCCACACCGGCCUUCCCUGCGCUCCAGUACCUGGAGUCUGUGGAUGUGGAAGGCGUGGCCUGGAGGGCUGGGCUUCGUACUGGAGACUUCCUUAUUGAGGUGAAUGGGGUGAACGUGGUGAAGGUCGGACACAAGCAGGUGGUGGGUCUGAUCCGUCAGGGCGGCAACCGCCUGGUCAUGAAGGUUGUGUCAGUGACCAGGAAGCCUGAAGAGGAUGGGUCUCGGCGCAGAGCCCCACCUCCUCCCAAGAGAGCCCCCAGCACCACGCUGACCCUGCGCUCCAAGUCCAUGACGGCUGAGCUUGAAGAACUCGAGAAGCUGGAUGAGAUCUUGGCAGCUGCUGCGGAGCCAACACUGAGGCCGGACAUUGCAGAUGCGGACUCCAGAGCAGCCACAGUCAAGCAGCGGCCCACUAGCCGAAGGAUCACCCCUGCUGAGAUCAGUUCAUUGUUUGAGCGCCAGGGCCUCCCAGGCCCAGAGAAGCUGCCGGGCUCUCUGCGGAAGGGGAUUCCACGCACCAAGUCUGUAGGGGAGGAUGAGAAGCUGGCGUCCCUGCUGGAGGGGCGCUUCCCGCGAAGCUCGUCGAUGCAGGACACGGCGCGCGAGGGCCGCGGCAUCCCGCCGCCGCCGCAGACCGCGCCGCCGCCUCCGCCCGCGCCCUACUACUUCGACUCGGGGCCGCCACCAGCCUUCUCGCCUCCGCCCCCGCCGGGUCGAGCCUACGACACCGUGCGGUCCAGCUUCAAGCCGGGCCUGGAGGCGCGCCUGGGCGCGGGCGCGGCGGGCCUGUACGAGCCCGGGCCCCCGCUCGGCCCGCUGCCCUGCCCCGAGCGGCAGAAGCGCGCGCGCUCCAUGAUCAUCUUGCAGGACUCGGCGCCCGAGGUGGGUGACGUCCCCCGGCCCGCGCCCUCGGCCACGCCGCCGGAGCGCCCCAAGCGCCGGCCGCGGCCGCCCGGCCCCGACAGCCCCUAUGCCAAUCUGGGCGCCUUCAGUGCCAGCCUCUUCGCGCCUUCCAAGCCGCAGCGCCGCAAGAGCCCGCUGGUGAAGCAGCUGCAGGUGGAGGACGCGCAGGAGCGCGCGGCGCUGGCCGUGGGCGGCCCCGGCCCCGGCGGCGGCAGCUUCGCCCGGGACCCCUCCCCCACACACCGCGGGCCCCGGCAGGGGGGCCUCGACUACGGGGCCGGGGAGGGCCUGGGGCUCGCGUUCGGGGGCCCGGGCCCGGGGCAGGGCAAGGAGCGGCGGCUGGAGGAGCGACGCCGCUCCACCGUGUUCCUGUCGGUAGGCGCCAUCGAGAGCAGCCCGCCCAGCGCAGACCUGCCGUCGCUGCAGCCCUCGCGGUCCAUCGACGAGCGCCUCCUGGGGGCCGCGGGCGCCACCGGCCGGGACCUGCUGCUCCCCUCGCCUGUGUCCGCGCUGAAGCCGCUGGCCAGCAGCCCUGGCCUCGCGCCCGCGGGCUCCACCUUCAUCCACCCGCUCACCGGCAAGCCCCUGGACCCCAGCUCGCCCCUGGCUCUGGCCCUGGCCGCCCGCGAGCGGGCCCUGGCCUCACAGGCGCCCUCCCGCUCCCCCACGCCCGUGCACAGCCCCGAUGCCGACCGCCCGGGACCCCUGUUCGUGGACGUGCAGGCCCGGGACCCGGAGCGAGGGGCCCUUGCCUCGCCGGCCUUCUCCCCGCGGAGCCCGGCCUGGAUUCCCGUGCCCGCUCGCAGGGAGGCCGAGAAGGCGCCGCGGGACGAGCGGAAGUCCCCGGAAGACAAGAAGUCCAUGAUCCUCAGCGUCCUGGACACGUCCCUGCAGCGGCCGGCCGGCCUCAUCGUCGUGCACGCCACCAGCAACGGGCAGGAGCCCGGCAGGCUUGGGGCCGAGGAGGAGCGGCCGCCUGCCCCGGAGCGGCCGCCCGCCCCGCUGCCCGCGGCGGCCGUGCCUCUGUCCAGCCCCCGGGCCCAGCCCCCCGGCGGCACCCCGGCGGACCCCGGGCCCGGCCAGGGCAGCUCGGAGGAGGAGCCCGAGCUCGUGUUCGCCGUGAACCUGCCGCCCGCCCAGCUGUCCUCCAGCGACGAGGAGACCAGGGAGGAACUAGCCCGGAUCGGGCUGGUGCCGCCCCCGGAAGAGUUUGCCAACGGCAUCCUGCUGGCCACCCCGCCCCCAGGCCCCGGCCCCUCACCCACCUCGGCGCCCGGCCCGGCCUCCGGGAAGCCCGGCAGCGAGCCCCCUCCUGCCCCCGAGUCCGCAGCCGACUCUGGGGUAGAGGAGGCCGACACCCGAAGCUCCAGCGACCCGCACUUGGAGACCACAAGCACCAUCUCCACCGUGUCCAGCAUGUCCACCCUGAGCUCAGAGAGCGGAGAGCUCACCGACACCCACACCUCCUUCGCUGAUGGACACACUUUUCUACUCGAGAAGCCACCAGUGCCUCCCAAGCCCAAGCUCAAGUCCCCGCUGGGGAAGGGGCCGGUGACCUUCAGGGACCCGCUGCUGAAGCAGUCCUCGGACAGUGAGCUCAUGGCCCAGCAGCACGCCGCCUCUGCCGGCUUGGCCUCUGCCGCCGGGCCUGCCCGCCCUCGCUACCUCUUCCAGAGAAGGUCCAAGCUGUGGGGGGACCCGGUGGAGAGCCGGGGGCUCCCUGGGCCUGAAGAUGACAAACCAACUGUGAUCAGUGAGCUCAGCUCCCGCCUGCAGCAACUGAACAAAGACACACGCUCCCUGGGGGAGGAACCGGUCGGUGGCCUGGGCAGUCUGCUGGACCCUGCCAAGAAGUCACCCAUCGCAGCAGCUCGUGGUCCCUGUGGGUUACGGUUCAGGCAGAGCGUGCAAGGGCCUGUCCGGAUUGUUGGUGGACAGGCUGUGCAGCAUGGCGCCUGGCCCUGGAUGGUCAGCCUCCAGAUCUUCAUGUCCCACAACAGCCGCAGGUACCAUGCAUGUGGAGGUACCCUGCUGAAUUCCAACUGGGUGCUUACAGCUGCUCACUGCUUCGAUAACAGAAAAAAAGUCUAUGACUGGAGACUGGUUUUCGGAGCACAGGAAAUUGAGUAUGGGAGCAAUAAGCCAGUGAAGGCACCUCUGCAGGAGAGAUAUGUGGAGAAAAUUGUCAUUCAUGAGAAAUACAACGUUGUGACAGAAGGGAAUGACAUUGCUCUCUUGAAGGUCACCCCUGCUGUCACCUGUGGGCGCUUCAUCGGGCCAGGGUGCCUGCCCCAUUUUAAGGCAGGCCCUCCCAAAGUUCCCCAGACCUGCUACGUGACCGGAUGGGGUUACAUAAAAGAGAAUGCUCCCAGGCCAUCACCCAUCCUGCUGGAGGCACGUGUGGAUCUCCUUGACCUCGACCUGUGUAACUCAACCCAGUGGUACAAUGGGCGUGUCACGUCAACCAAUGUGUGUGCAGGGUAUCCUGCAGGCAAGAUUGAUACCUGCCAGGGGGACAGUGGUGGGCCUCUCAUGUGCAAAGACAGCGCAGACAGCCCGUUUGUGGUUGUGGGGAUCACAAGCUGGGGCGUGGGCUGCGCCCGUGCUAAACGCCCUGGAAUCUACACGGCCACCUGGGACUACCUGGACUGGAUUGCUUCCAAGAUAGGACCAAACGCCUUGCACAUGAUUCAACCAGCCACGCCUCACCCCCCUACCACCCAUGCCUCCUCCUCUCACCUCCCCUCCUCCAAUCCUGCCUGGUACUUUGAAAACCCUCCUCAUGCUGCUCAGUCUUCCCAUACUCACCCCUUUCGGCCUCAGCCCUAUCCACCUCAACACCCAUCCCAGCCUCCGCCACCACCGCCCUUAUCUCACACCAAGCCUCCCAAAGCACUUUCCUUUGCCAAGCGCCUACAACAGCUUAUAGAGGCUCUGAGAGGGAGGCCUUAUUCUGUUGCCAAGAACUCUUACUACAUGGGGCCUACGGAGUACCCAGAGACAGUCCUCUCCUGAUCCGACCUUGUUUUCAACAGACCCAGGCCCCUCAUUCCUUAAAAAAGAGAGAGAUGAAAUAAACAUAUACACAUAUAUUUAUUUAUAAAUAAAUAGAUAAAUACAAAUACAGGCAUGCACAUGAAGAGAUGCU